AUGCCUGAACCACCCAUUUGCAGAUUGUGGCAACCAAACGGUUUGAUUGGGGGGAAAAUUAUAGCGGAGUCUCGGAGAAAAUAUCAGAAUUUCACGCUAGACAUUCGAACUAGCCAGUCUAAUCAGUCAUUAGGUCAACCCUCCAUCAAUGAUAUAAGCUUUAAGAUUGAUAAUUCGUCGGAUCGGACAGUCCCAACGCAAGCGUCCAUAUGGAUACGCUUUCGCGCUCAUUCUCCUACUCAGCUUCCUCGACAAGCUUCGCGAUAUUCAUCUUCCUACCCGUUUUCUCCGUUUAGGGUUUCGGAAAAUACCACUUUCUUGUCCGCACGAGAUUCACUUACUAGGAUCGGAAUGAAAAAAUCAGCCAGAAUGUCGUCCAUCGGAGCCGGGGAUCUUCGCGUUUCCGACACGGUUGGGAGCUUUAGCACUCGAUUUUCCUUGAACUCUUUUGUCAAGCGAGUGCAAAAACUCACGAAUGAUCAAAAGGCCGCUAUAACAAAUAUUGGGUUUGGCAAUCUUCUUCUAUUAUCUAAUCAUAUGCUUGGCAAGAAUCUGUUGCUUGAAUUGAUGAAUAGGUGGAGUUGUGAACAACAGGCAUUUAUACUUCAUAUUGGUAAAAUUUCAAUUACAUUGAUGGAUAUAGUGUUGAUAUUAGGACUAAGGGUAGUUGGUAGGCCUGUAAUUCUCAGGGACGAAGAGCCCUUUUCAGAUCUAGAAAAAGAUUUUGGUGCUGGUUUAUGGAAUAGGAAGGUUAAGAUCACAUCCCUUGAGAGCCAACUUGAUUCUUUUGGAGAGACAGUCAAUGACCAAUUUAUUAGGACUUUUUUACUUUUUGCAAUUGGGAGCUUACUUUUUCCAAAUACAAGCGGGAAAGUGGAUUCCCGUUACCUUUCUUUUCUCAAGAAUUUGGAUGAUGUCUCUCAGUUUGCCUGGGGUGCAGCUGUUCUUGAGGAUAUUAUAUUGUGGCUGAACAGAAGAAAAAAGGAAAAUAUACAAUACGUAGGUGGUUGCCUUCUAUUUCUCCAGAUUUGGUCUUAUGAACAUAUUGACAUAGCUCGACCAAGGCUGGUAGAAAAAUAUUUGGCAUUCCCCCGUGCAUGCCGGUGGGAGAGUAGUAGAUCUCAUCAAAGGCAAUUGUUGAUGACAAAGUUCAAGGACCUACAAGGUGAUCAGAUAACUUGGAAGCUUGAGCCAACUUUGGAAGAGCUAGAAGUUGAUGUGAUUAAAGAAUUAUUAGAGUCCGAAAGUGAUGCCAAUGAGCCUCCUAGGGAACAAUACUCUGCUAUCAAUAUUUUAGAAGCUUUGAAAAUUGAUUCUGGUAAUGGUAGCGCUAAUGAAGUGCAUGUGACUCAACAUGCUAAUGUCUCAGUGGCUGAUGGUGCUGCGGUUGAAAUCGAUUCAGACAUGGAUAUUACUGAUGACAAACAUGGCCCAGGAGAGGUCAAUCUAGAGCAGAAGGCAUCGAAAUGUGAAUUGAUGAUUCGCAAUUGCAGUUCAGUAAAUCCAUAUACUUCUUCUCCACAUAAGGAAAAUAUAGAAAUUGCCUCAACAUCAGAACACUCUUAUACAAGUAUUUGUAGUGGCAUUGAGGAUGAUUUAAUAACAAGAAAUCAAAUGCUUGAAGAGCAAUAUAUGGCAUUAAAGAAGGAGAUGGAUAUACUCAAGCAGGAAAUGGCGAGUUUAAGGAACCAGAAUGUGAAGUUGCAGAAAGAAGCAGACGACUUGAGAAAAGAAAACCGACACAUAAGUCUUUCAACAAAUAAUCUCGUGGUUCGAUUGGAGAGGCUUCUAGUAGAUGAGGAUGUGAUUGCCACAGAGGGAAUAUAAUCUGUUGAACGAAACAUAGCCUUAUCGGUGGAUCACACACACACAAAAAAAAAAAACAUUCUCAUCCAUUGAACACUUGUUUUUCUGUGUUGGGAAUCUCAUUUCCCAUUCUAUCAAAUGCAGAGAGUUGUUGGAUGCCUUUCCUUCAGAAGUAUGUGAGAGCAAUCUUUUCGGGGAUCCUAUGCUUACAACAUCAAGUAUGGCUCAUCAUGGCCUCAAUUGUUGCGAUGGUUGAAGAGCUUUGUUUUGGCACAUACAGAAAACGGAGUGAUGGCUUUGGAAGGUUUAUGUGGCCUUUCGUGUAACAAAUGUACAGCAGUUUUGUAUAUUAAUGCCUGGUAUGCUUCCAAACAUAGAGACCAACACUCUUGUAAAUGUACAUCUCCUUGGUAUUUAAGUAAAUUAUGGUUUUCAUUUGUCCUA